GCCAACAACAACUCGCACGGCUUUACCCCCUCAUUUCAAGAUGGCGGACCUCCUAGGAUCAAUCUUAAACUCGAUGGAGAAGCCUCCAACAGUCGGCGACCAGGAAAGCCGACGAAAGGCUCGAGAGCAAACAGCACGACUCAAGAAGAUGGAGGAAGAUGAGAAACGAAAGAAAGCAGAGUUCAGGAAAAAAAUGGAGAAAGAAGUGUCGGACUUCAUUCAAGACAGUUUACAACAGAAACGAAAGUACAAUCCUAUGGGGAAGAUUGAAAGGAGUAUAUUGCAUGAUGUUGCAGAGGUGGCCGGUCUGACUUCUUUUUCUUUUGGGGAGGACGAGGAGAGCCGCUACGUCAUGCUUUUCAAAAAGGAGUUUGCGCCGUCAGAUGAGGAGCUGGAAGCCUAUCGCAAAGGAGAGGAGUGGGAUCCCAAGCUGGCCGAGCAACGGCGAAGACUCAAAGAACAGGCUGCGUUGGAGGAAACAGCAUCCAGUCAGACAAAGAAGCCAGAAACGUGUCCCAACACCAACUACAGAGACAAGUACAGCCACCUGAUCGGCACCACAGCUGCAAAAGAUGCAGCGCAUACACUAGAGGCGAACAGCACUUAUGGCUGCGUGCCGGUGGCCAAUAAGAGGGACACUCGCUCCAUAGAGGAAGCCAUGAAUGAAAUCAGAGCGAAGAAACGGCAGAAGCAAGAGGGCGACUCAGCGGCGUGCAGCAGCAGCAGCUCUUGAGCCUCCAACAUUUCUGCCAUCUGCUGUGUGCGGGUGUUUCGGGUGUGUGUGUGUGUGUGUGUGUGUGUGUGUGUGUGUGUGUGUCUCUGCGCGUUGAUGCGUUUGUGUACAUGGUGUAAUUCAUCCUAUAAUGCAAUAUCUUGUACUUCCGACAGUUAAGAAGUAUACCUUAAACAACAGGCGUUGAAUCCAGUGUGUAUACCACUGUGUUGGAAUCCUGUUUAGUGGAGGAUACUCAGGUGAGUCCGAUCCAGGAGGUGGAUUUCCAUACGCGUUUAACAUUUGCUUGUGACGUCAAUUGUCAAUGUCCUCUCACAGAUUAUUGGACCCUUCAUGAGAAACCUGUUUUUAGUAAAUAGAAACAAUGUGUCUGGGUGGUUGGCUACCUAAAAACAACCCCGAUACCUUCAGACAUACACUUUUAAAGGACAUUUUUGGCAACGAUUGGUUGCCAAAUGAUACAGAUGUGCAUUUACAGUCCUAAGUGACAUUUUUAUUAGGAAAAUAAUUUUGAGCCGUCGUCAAACGACAUUUUAAAAGCAUAGCUGAAAAUGUAGAGUUCCAAAUAUCCAGUGCAGCUUUUAAAAGGGAAACAGGAAUGCCGUCUAAUGAUCAGCUUUUGGUUUCAUUUUUGGGGAUUUUAUCUUGGUCUCUACCUGUUUCAGAUCUUUGUAAUGUUGGAAGCCUGUCAUUUCCUCCAUUUCAAGAGGAAGCUCAUUUUAGAAACUUCUGUUUUGUGGGUUUUAGGAAUCCUGAAUUAAGUCUUGAGAUCUUCUUUGUUUCGAUAGAUCUGAAUGAAACUUGUUCUUCAAACUAAGUGUUUUAUUAUUAAGCCCGUUGAUGGCUGGCAAUAUGUAGGGAGCAGAAUUACUGGACUCAUUGUAGGAAUAUUGGUCACAUCUUCUUUGUUUGUCAUAUCGUCAAGUACGUUUGUAGGGAUCUUAAUGUCAUUUUAACAUGGUUGCACUGUUAAAUUCCCCCAUGUGUGUGUUAAUAAAUGGAGAACGGUAUUAA